CAUUAGGACAUGACGGGAUUGUAGCAGUCGCUGAAAACGGUCAGCGUGUGAUGGGAGAUCUACAUCGUUGACUUCGGACAGCUUCUUGUGUCCAGAUUCUGUGGAACAAUGGACAAGGAGCCCCAAACGAAAGCAGAACCCAGUCAAACAAAGAGCACAGUCAACACCACGAGCACCACAGCGGUGAACCCUUCCCAUCAGGCCAAUGGCACCCCGAAAUCUCCUCCUGCGCUCACGACUGUGACCACCUUCCACAACCAGCCAUCUCCAACCAACAGAAAAGUGGUGCAGAUCAAUCUGUCUGGGGAUCGGCUGGCACCUUCCUUUUCACCCAGUGAGCGAGUCAGCCAAGCCUCAUCGUCACAGCAAACCCCUAAAACGAUUUCUCUGCCUAACACUCCAGGAUCAACAGCUCUUGUUAGAGGAGGUCAGAGUGCUGUGACGGCGGUGCACAAAAUCUCUCCGCAAACGCUGCUUCUGGGAAAGAGUCCGACCACCAGUCAGGCUCAGAUGCUCCUGAGGGCCCAGAUGUUGAUUCUAACGUCUGCUGUGCGGCCUGAUGUACCUGCCCUCUCCUCCUCCUUCUCCUCCUCUUCCUCCUCCUUCUCCUCUUCCUCCUCCUCUUCCUCCACCCCUUCCUCUUCCUCACCUCGGUUUCCCUCCACACAGCUCCAGAGUUUGACUAUCCGUCCACCUCCACCUGGAACUCUUACCAUCCCUCCAAACCUGCCACUAAAGCCCACAACGUCAAGCCAGCCUCCACCGCUUUCAUGCCCAAGGAUACCAAACUUCCAUCUAAGACCAAGCCAGCCAGCGAAUGCUCCUGGGAAGGAUGGAGCCACCAAGUCAGAAAGCCCGACAUCUCAAACAGCUCAAACGAAAACACCUGUUCGACAUCUUACAGUUCCACCACCAUCCCUGUAUGCAUCUGCACAGGCCCAUGCCUUAGCGAAACAGAAGCUGAACAGCAGCAGUCUCAAAAGGCCCCACAGCCAGAUCAGCAUCCCCCAGCACCCCUUCAAUCAGAGACACACACCACCUAACUCUCCCCCCGCCACACCAAAGAAGCCUCUUCCAGAGUUAAAGCGCUGCCCGUCCACCCAGGCAUCCCAAAGCAUAUCGACACAGAGCGCUUCAGUGUCUAUCACAGUUCCCUCACCUGCAAGGGCUCAUCUCACACCCCCAACCCUGACUUUGCCCUUGAGGUCUUCCUCUCCCGGUGGCUCCUUACUGGCUACAAAACAGCUGCUGAGAAUUGCAUUGUCCUCUGCAUCAGCCCAGUGCACCAACGGCCAAUCGAAGACAGCCACUGUGUCCCCGCCCCAUGAUCUCAUCCAGUCCAAACCGCUCCUCUCACCUGUGCUUGCCAAACCAGAGUGCCCUACCCAGCCGCUCCUGACUUCAAAUACUUGUCCACAGCUGGUGCAGCUGUCGCCCUCCAGACAAACCACAGUGGCCACUCCUCUCAUCACCACCCCUCCACUAGCGUCUCCUCAAAGAGCAUCCCCUCCGUCUCCAGUGCUGCCCCUUGUGUCUACCAGCAGCAUUCUUGCACCGCCACAGUCCCCUUUGACCUCACAGAGUCCCACACAAACCACAGAAACAUCGAAAGAGCCAAAAGACAGGAAGGAAGAACAAAAGCUGGGAAAUGUACCGGAACAGACUCCUCAAGAUCUGAAAUGUCCAGCACCCCAAAAGAAAAUGCCGCAAGCUGUGAAUCAGCUGCCAAGCGAAACUUCUGAGAAGGUCUUGAACAAGAUGAUAGUCUUCACGGAGAAUUCGAGGACUGAUGGCCAAAUAAAGACUUCACAGAAGAAUGAGACACACUCGCCCUCAGUCGCACCAUGGCCAGCGGAGAAAGAUGACCAGUGUGAGGAAACAUCCAUCCAGUCAGACAAUCACUCAGCAAUCUCCAGCCUCUCGUCUGACAUGUCACCCAUCCAGUCCUCCAUCGCUCAGCCGUUAGAUAUGUCCCCUGUGGACAGCUGCUUUCCUCCUAAGUUUCAUCCGGUGCUGGAAGGACCACCAGUUCAGUCUUCCGCCGUUAGUCAGAUGAAGACCACAGAGGCUCAGCAAGCAUCAGGAGCACCCAAACCUUUGGUCCUUACGCACCUGGUGGAGGGAUUUAUCAUACAGGAGGGACUGGAGCCAUUUCCGGUGAGCAGGUCAUCUCUGAUGGUGGGUCCUGUCCAGGAGUCUGGGGUUAAUGGAGUAAAAGAACCAGGACUCAUCCCUUCUGGUUCAGAACCUCCAGAGGACUCCACAGACUCAGAUGAUGAGGAUGGGGUUGCAAACAGUAAUGGGGUUGGACGGGCACACAAGCUUGUUCUGCAGUGCCAGUUUUGCAAGAGGAAAGGCACAGCCCAAACAUUCCCCCGCUCCAAACGCUUCUGUUCCAAAUCCUGUGCCAAGAGGUUCAGUUACACCAAGCGUUUCCGUGCGCUCAGGCGCUGUGUAAGCGAGGGGGGCCAUCGCUCUGAACUCAAUGGCGCCGAAGACAAUUUCCACCAGGCCAAACAUGGGGCCACGGAGCAGUGGAGGAUCCUUCAGCAGCCGCCACAGGAGGGUGAAGACGGGACGAGUGCUCCCAUGAAGACCAGGCUUCGCAGACAUACAGAACAGGAGCGGGAGAGAGAGAUCAGAGUCAGACACACAGUGGAGGAGACCAGAAGUGCUCCCACCUCACCCAUAGACCCUGUGUCUCCCACAGACAUCACCCCCUACCCCAAACCAGCCCAGUGGACGGUGGAUCAAGUGUCGAGCUUUAUAUCCAAAUUACCAGGGUGUCAAGACAUCGCAGAAUCGUUCCGAGCCCAAGAGAUCGACGGGCAGGCCUUGCUUCUGCUGACCGAAGACCAUUUGAUGAGUGCCAUGAAUGUCAAACUCGGCCCGGCUCUCAAAAUAUGUGCCCGCAUCAACUCCCUGAGGGAAGGCGGAAGAUAAAGAGAAAGAAACAGAGACACAAACGAAGCUAGGUAUACCCUUGUGGACCAUAAGAGCACUUGCCAAUAGAAUAGAGCCAUUUCGUGCACUUUAAUCUUCAGAGAUUUAUGCGAUAAUUUCAUUGUUAUGAGAAAGCUUACAUGUAUUUGCUCGAACUAAACUAGCAAAACCUUAAAAGUUCUUGUAAAGUUAGCCUCUGUCUGAAAGCAUGGUAGCAAUAUAAUGGUCUCAGUCUGUGAGCGUUUUACAGGAUGUGUAUUUAGUAGGAAGGAACUUGUCUCCUUUUUUUGUUUUGUAUGGGUAAUCUCGAUCAGGGUCAAUGAUUUUAUAUUUUUGACUGAGAGCAAAGGAGAUCACUUCCUGUGUCAUUGCGGAGAGGUUCGACAAGAACGGAAGUGCUGUUAUUGUGUGCAUGUCCCAUUGUAUAUAUUUUCCUAUCGUAUUCCAUAUGUAUACAUGUAUAACAAUGCAGUGUUCUGUGUGUAUAAAUUACAACAACAACAACAAAAAAAACGUUUUGUGAAGGAUUUGUAAUAUUUAAUAUAUUUGUCUUCUAAGGCUAUAGAAAGUACAAAUGCGAAUCAUUUCGAGUUUAUAAACAUUUUUAAAUAUGACGUUUGAGAUACUGACAUCAAUGACAUUUUGUAAAAAUCUCCGCAGUGGUACUGUGUAAAUCAGACAAGCUGUCAAAGACUUAAGACGAGAAGAAGGUACCCGAAGGCAAUCGUUUUCAAUCAAGGCAGUGAAAAGGUGCCUUUUCUAUGAGACCUUAUGAAACUACUGUAGGCAUUUUGCUUAGGCAAACUAUGUACUAGAUUGUGUCAUCAAGUGUUGUUUCUCAUUGUUACAUUAUCUUUCUUGUGCCACUUUUGAUUAUUUAAUUAAACCAACUACAUUUUGUUACGAAA